CUGUGACGUCAGCGGCGCAGGCUCCUGCGUCAUACCCGGAAGACAAUAUAAAGCAGACGCGGGUCCCUCGGAGCACGCGAGAUUAGUACAGUGGGUGUGAGGUCACCUGUCCUGUGAGGUCACGCGGCUGAAGUGAGACAUGAAAAAUGGUUUUUAAACCGAACAUCUAACUGCUCCGAAAACCGCCCUUGUUUUGUGAAAAAGGCGCGUUUGUGAGGUGCACGUGAGGCUGCCAGGACCCGGAUGACCGCGGAUUAAAGGUGCUCGUCUGAUGGAUGUGACCCAUGUUCUGCAUGAGGCCGUGACCGUUCUGCAGCCAGAACCCAAAAAGGAUGGACCACAAGUUCUUCACGGUGACGGACUACGUCAUCUUCGGCCUCUUGCUGGCGGCGUCUGCAGGGAUCGGGCUGUACCACGCCGUGUCUGGUGGGCGGCAGAGAACCACGCAGGAGUUCCUGAUGGCGGACCGGAGCAUGCGCUGCCUCCCCGUCUCCCUGUCCCUCAUCGCCUCCUUCCAGUCCGCCGUGGCCAUCAUCGGCGUUCCAGCUGAGGUCUACACCCACGGCACGCAGUACUGGUUCAUCGGCUGCGCUUACGUCCUCGGGCUCCUCAUCCCAGCGCACGUUUUCAUCCCGCUGCUGUACAGGCUCCACCUGUCCAGUGCCUACCAGUACCUGGAGCUGCGUUUCAGCAGAGCCGUGCGCGUCUGUGGAACGCUGACCUUCAUCUUCCAAAUGGUGGUCUACAUGGGGGUGUGCGUGUACACGCCCGCCUUCGCGCUGAAUGCAGUGACGGGGUUCCAGCUGUGGGGGGCGGUGCUGGCCACCGGGCUGGUGUGCACGCUGUACACCACCAUGGGCGGGCUGAAGGCGGUCAUCUGGACAGACGUCUUCCAGACGGGGGUGAUGUUCGCGGGGCAGCUGGCAGUCAUCGUGGUGGGGGUGCAGAAGACCGGCGGGCCGGCGGAGGUGUGGAGGAAAGUCUGGGAGGGAAACCGCAUCUCAGGUCUGGAUCUGAACCCGGAUCCCACAGAGAGACACACCUUCUGGACCCUCGGGGUGGGCGGCGUCUUCCUGAUGCUGUCGUUGUACGGGGUCAACCAGGCUCAGGUUCAGAGGUACCUGAGCUCCCGGACGGAGAAAGAGGCCAUCAGGUCCUGCUACAUGGUGUUUCCAGCCCUGCAGCUGGCGCUGGCUCUCAGCUGCAUCAUGGGACUUGUCAUGUUUGCACGUUACUGCGACGAGGACCUUUCUGGCCGUGUGGGCGGCUCCUCCAGAGACGCGAUGGUGAUCUACUUUGUGAUGGACAUGCUGCAGGACCUGCCGGGGCUGCCUGGGCUCUUUGUUGCCUGUUUGUUCAGCGCCGCUCUCAGCAGCAUCUCCUCCGCCUUCAACUCUUUGGCCACGGUGACCAUGGAGGAUCUCAUCAAACCGCGUUUCCCGGCGAUGUCCGAAGAAACGGCGACUCUGCUGUCCAAGGCUCUAGCGCUGUCCUACGGACUCCUGUGUCUGCUCAUGGCCUACCUGACCCACCUGAUGGGGGAUUCGGUACUGCAGGUGGCUCUGAAGAUCUUCGGGAUGAUGGGGGGUCCAGUUCUCGGGCUCUUCUGUCUCGGGAUGUUCUUUCCAUGGGCCAACUCCACUGGAGCCGGAGCAGGUCUGGCUGCAGGUCUGGCCGUGGCCUUCUGGGUCGGCAUUGGGAGCAUCGUGACCCGCAGCGGCGCCGGCAGGGCGCUGCCCGUGAGCUGCAGCGCCGUUCCGCCGUCACACAACACGUCUGCCGUCGGGGAGGCCGCUCUGAGGACGCAGAGCGGACUGCAGAGGUUCUACUCGCUGUCCUACAUGUGGUACAGCGGCUUCAGCUGCCUCAGCGUGGUCCUGGUGGGUCUGGCUGUCAGCCUACUCACAGGCCCGAAGAGGCAGGAGGACCUGGAACCAGGAACCGUCUUCCCUCUGUUUGGGAAUGUUUUCCGGUUCCCGCCUGAUGACAUGAAGUUCUGCGGUGGAGAUCUGACCCAGUCUCUGCCGGCGCCGCCAGGAUCUUCUCACAAAGGAGCCAACGGUCUUCCCGCCCUGCAGGACGCAGCGCCAGAGGAAACGGAGAGGUUUCUUCCAGAGGCCGACUCUCCGUUUGUGGAGUAUGAAACGGCGGUGUGAAACGGCGGCGUGGAGCGGCGAAGCAUGUUUCCUGUAGGAAGAAGACCUGGACUGACGUGAACCGAGUCCACACUUUACAGUCCCACUUCAUGCAGAUGUUCCUGAGAUGACUUCAUCAUCUUCACACCAUGAACUGUCAACUGCAUCAGGCUCCUCCUACAUCCCAACGAGGAGGAGGAGGAGCUGACUGAGGAGGAUGAUAUUUGGGGAGGGGGGGCAGCAUGUCCAGGGUUCAGAUGGAUCCCAGAUCAGUUUUUCUUUGAUGGUUUUCAUAACUGGAGAAUAAAGUUUCAGUUUAGGAUGAUUU